UUUCUUGUCUGCAUAAAUAACCAUACACUUGAUUGCGGUCUACAAACUUCAUGGACCACAAUCCUUCGCGGUGAGGAUUAAGCUGCACAAGCGCAUCUCAGCUACUGGUUGUUGUCAGUGGUGGUUAUGGAGAUCAAAUAGAAUUUGCGCAAGCUGUCAACAUUUUUGCAAUGUGAAUGUGUGCAGCAGCAAGAUGCCCCGGAAGAUAGGAUUCACCCUGGUCAGCUCAUCCAGUCAUGAAGAUAACUUCAGUGCCAAGGAGCUGAUGGUCCAUGCACCUACUGUCAAUGGCUGGAGAUCUGCCAGGGUCUGUCCAUACCCUCAGCAGGUCACUCUGCAGUUAACAGAGCGGAGUCGAGUACGUAAGCUGCAGCUGCUGGCCCACCAGUACCUUAUCUCUAGCAAGAUAGAGUUCCACAUCGGGGACAGACUACCAGAGGACUCACCUGGCCUCUCUGGGCCCCUCCGCAGGCUAGGGUAUGUUUCUCUAUCGGACAAUGAGAAAACGGGCUUCAAAGCCCGAGAGCUGAAGUCGGUUCACGUGGACGCUAUUGGAACCUACCUCCGUUUAACAUUUCAUAGAAACCAUGUUAAUCGAUACAACCUUUACAACCAGGUUGCAUUGGUUGCCAUAAAUGUUUUGGGAGAUUCUGUGGAUGCCAAUGCUAUUGACACAAUUCCUGGCAGAGAGCCGCUGAUUGAGCACUACCUCAACAGCAGUCAGCACGAGAAAGCCUUGGAUGGAACAUACAUUGGGAAGUGUGAUUCCGUCUCUCCUCUGGAUGAUCUGGCUUUUGACAUGUACCAGGACCCUGAGGUAGCUCAAAUUAUUCGGCUACUGGAUGACAAGAAGCAGGAAAUGGUCCGCCAGGAGAGAUUCGAUCUUGCCAAAACACUCAAGCAGGCUAUCGCUGACCUGCAGAAGGUAGGGGAGCGCAUGGGUCGAUAUGAUGUUGAGAAACAAUGUGCCAUUGAGAAAGAGGAUUACGACAUGGCCAAGAAGAAGAAAGAUCAGAUGGAGGAGUACAGAAUGACAGUAUACCAUCAACUGGAGGUCCACAACCUGCUGGACGCCGGCACAGUAAGUGGCUUGAUUACGAGAAUUAUGUCUUCGUCACUGUCACCACUACAGUCCGAGGAUUUUUCUAAGGUGCCUUCCCCACUGCGGCACAACACAAUGGUUGUCACGAAAACAAGGAGGGGUAGAAAGCAGGAACACCCAACAACAGAGACGUUGGAGCCCAUCUCCCCCAAACCUGUCAGCCCAUUUCCGUGCUCUCUUCACCCAACACCACGAGCCCAACUUGCCAUGCCCAGGAUAGACGUCACUGGCCUGCCUUAUGAUGAGAGACCCCUACCUGCCCAUCAGAGGAAGGGGGUGACCUGCCAUCCAAAGGAGUCCUCUCUUCCCUCCUUUCCCAUGGCCACCACCCAACGUAGCACUGGUGUGACCGGGGUGCCUGAGCCCCUCACAGAGAGGGCCAAGAGAGAGGCCAGUUUUCCCAUUGAAGUGUAUGGAGACGGACUGGUGGCUGCAGCCUAUUCAAAAACCUGGUCCUACCGGGAAGAUGCCUUGCUGGCUGUCUACAAGAAGCUGACUGAACUAUCAGGUGGGACGAGCAAAGAGGGACUGCGGAACAUGAUGAGAGCAGCAGUGUUUCUGGUCAAGAAGGCCCUUCAGGAUAAAGUAUCAUCUGUGUUCCAGGCAUCUCUUAAGCUGCUGCGGAUGCUGUUGACCCAGCUGAUCCCUGGCCAUGCUCUGGGCAAAGCUGAGUUGGCCCAUUGUGUGGAGCAGACCUGGCCCAAUCUACUCUCCAGGACUGGGGACCCAGGAACUAGACUACGGGCCAUGGCUACAGCUUUCAUCCAGGACAUGGCGCUGUUCAAAGAGGUGCGGGCUUUGCAGGUUGUCCCUGGAGAGCUGGUGAAGCCCAUGAAGUCCAACAUCCCUGUGCGGCUGGCCCUGAGCAGGACUGAGCUACUGGAGAAGCUGCUGGGUGAAGUGGGCACAGAAAACUCAGGUUUCACUCUGGAUAACGUAAUGACGUUCUGCACAGGCGCACUGCAGCACAGCGCAUCGGAGGUGAGGGAGACGGCGGUUCGCAUUGUGCUGACCGUGUACCGCCUGCACAAGGACGCCGUCCUCCGCUACCUCCCAGUCAACGAUGUGGCCACGCGCAAGAAUGUCCUCUACAAGAACAUUUUCGACGGCUUUGCCAGGAUAGACGGGCGGCCGGUGGAGUCCCAGUUUCAGAUGUCAAAAAAGGGAGGUGUGCAGCAGCAGGGGGACAAGGAGAAGGAGAUCCGGAGUCUUCAGGAGCAGCUGGCUGCCUUGAGGGAGAUCAGUGACAAGAACAUUUUCAAAGCUGAAAAGGAGAAGGGAAAGGCCAAGACUCAGGAGAAAGAUGCUAAAAGAGCUGUAAAAACAGGUGUCAAAAAGGCACCCCAGAACAACCCAGCAGAUGUAGGAGAUGACAAUUGUUCAAUUUUAAAUGACUUAAACAAUCUUUGUAUAUUCUGUGGUGAUAAGGAUGAGUCCUUUACUGAGGAUGGCCUGGACCUGCACUACUGGAAGCACUGUCCUAUGCUGCACCGCUGUGACCAGUGUAGACAGGUGGUUGAGAUAGCCAGCCUCACAGAACAUCUAUUGGGGGAGUGUGAGAACAAGGCAGGAUUCAGCCAGUGCCCCCACUGCCUAGAGGCCGUGCCCAAAGAUGCGCUCACACGUCACACUCAAAGCCCUGCCUGCAACCCCCCGAUCUCAGACAACGGCUCCAAUCACUGCCCUUUGUGUCAUAACAACUUAAUGCCAGGAGAGGAGGCUUGGAAGGCUCACCUCAUGGGCAGAGAGGGCUGUAAACACAACUCAAGAAGGACUGUGGUAUCUCAGAGAGCCCAGCAGACACAAGGGAUGCCAGGCUCUGUGACUAAGCUAAGACAUGCGUGGUCAGUUGGAGGCAGGGCCAGGGCCAUGUGCAAAGGGAGCAGGAUCCCUGCAUUGGCACCCAGAGCCAACCGAACCCACACCAACCGACUCAACCCAGCCAGAAGGUGAACCGACACUCAUCUGUCCCUGUCUAAGUAUUCCAGAAUGUUGAAAAGGCAAGAAUGAGGAAAACCAGGGCAGUGUCCCUGCAGUAUAUCUCAUCUGUGAGAGCAUGAGUGGAAGAAGAAAUUGGGGAAAGGAGAUUUAUCAGUUUAAGGUCACAACUCUAGGUUGACAUGUGUGGCGAGGGUUGGAUUCACUGUUUUUCUUCUGGGUGCAUCAACAGGGACACAUCUUCCUUAAAUCAAAGUAUUCUCCGUACUAUGUGAUUACAUUAUAGUAAUAAUAAUCCAUAAUAUUCUAAUGUACAGUAUAUACGUAUUUAUUACUCCAAAGCCAAAGAUGUGUGCGCACACAUGCAACCAUUUUGUUUUUGUUCUCCUUCUUUAAGGUAUAUUUUUGAGCAUUAGUAAAAAUUUAUAAAAAGCACACCUAAUUUAUGUAUGAUUUAUGAUCUGUUUUUAUUUUUGAGUAAUAAAUAAAUAUUAUUUUUAUUAGUAUAUUAUUAUUUGAGUAUUCAAUAAAUCUAAAUCUAACUAAGCCAAAAAUAGCCUAAGUGUAACUUUACAUUACAAUGUUUACACAUUUUUUUAAUUUAAUUUGGUCAGAUACUGUAGUUAUAUAGGAAGGAGUCUGAAAGAAAUAUUUUGUCCUGCCAAAAUCUCUCCAAGAGCAAGGCUUAAAAUCAUCCUGGAAGUCGCAAAGAACCCUAGAACAGCAUACAGAGGUAUGUUCUCUGUUGCCUGAGCUAAGGUCAGUGUUCAUCACCACCAUCAGAAAGACACAGGGUGAAAAUGGGAUUCAUGGCAGAGUAGCAAGGCAGAAACCACUACUCACUAAGAACAACAUUGUCUCAAGUUUGCCAAAAACACCUGGAUGAUCCUUAAGAACCUUGUACCAUCAGUCAAGCAUGUUUGAGGUUGCAUCAUUGUUUGGAUAGGCUAUGCAGCAUCAGGAUAAGCAACUUGACAUCACUGAACUUGCCAUAUUGAAUUCCACAGAAGAAUCUCAGGCCAUUUAUACCAAGAAUUCCACAGAAGAAUCUCAGGCCAUUUAUACAUGAACUAAACCUGAAGUGCAGUUGGGUCAUGCUGCAAGACACUGAUCUAAAACACAGAAGCAGGUCUGCAUCAUUAUGGUUGAAGAUCUAGUCAUUUAUUGUUUUUAAUUGUCUUAGUCAAACUUCAGACCUAAACCUCGUUGAGAUGUUGUGGCAGGUCCUGAAACAAAUAGUUCAUGCUUGAAAACAAAUGUCAUUGAAUUAAAGCAUUUCUGCAUGGAGAAGUGGGACAAAAUUCCAACAGGAAGUGUUAGAUUGCAGUCACUGCUCAUAAAGGUGGCGUAACUAGUUUUUGUGUCUAAGAGCGUAUUUACUUUUUCACACGGGCACAUUGGUUGUUGCAUUUCUUUCUUUAAUAAAUGAAGGUAAUAGGUAUCAACAUAUUCCCUUUUAAUGUUGUAUCAGGUUUUGGUUGUAAAUAUAAGUCAGUCCUCAAAAUAUGCAAACAUUUUCAAAAAUGUUCCCGGCAUGAGACCAUAUACCACAGCUAUCACAUCACAUACUUUUUUACUGUUUGAAUUUCAUUUGUAACUGGUUUAUAAUUGUAAUAAGGCUUCUUGGGUUUGUUGUAGAUCACCAAUAUACCACAGCUAAGAGCAGUAUUCAGGCACUCGUGGCGAUGCAUUUUGCCUAAGGUCAGUUAGCUAUGGUAUAUUAGCCAUAUAGCACAUCCACUCAUGUAUGAAUGCUUAAAUUAAUUUGGAUGCCAUAAUGUCUAGUGCUUUGUCUUUGUAUCAAUACAAUUUAUCUUGUUUUUAAAUGGAUUGUCACUAUAGUCUCAAAAUAGAUGUUGGUUAUGUUUAUGCUUAAUUUUUAGACCCCCUUAACACAACACUGAUACAUAGCCAAAAACUGAUGAAUGCGAAAAGCAAUUGUUGAGUACUUUGAACAUAGAAGUAGAAUAAUAGAAAUAUAUUAUAUGAAGAACAUCAAAUGGAAGUAGUCAUUCUCCCAAACAUCUAAGAUUGAGAACUCUAAUUUGAUUUAAAAAAAAAACAUAAGCACUUAGUUUACUGUGAUACUUUCUAGAUUCAGUGAAAAUUGCACACUUGAUAUGGUUGAUGUUUUUUCAUAUGUUACUAAACAUGCCAUUGCAUUUUGUAUAAGUAGCAGAGAAGAAUUUUAUACAAAACAUGUUCACCUGGAUGUAUUUAAUCCCCAUUUUGAUAUUUUCUUGUUCAAUGUGGACUGAUGAAAUAAAGAUAAUGAUUUGUGAUUUAUUA